AUGGCUGUAAGUGCUGACGUGAAUGACGAUUUUUUUCCGGCGCCAGUUUUUUUCUUUUUCGUUGCUGAAGGCGUCGAGGAGGUCUCUACCGCUGGAAUAUCCGAGAGACGCAUGGUCUUCUUCUUUGAGACUGGAUUAUGCUUUCUCUCACGUCGCUUGAAUUUGGACAACGCUUCGAUACGCAUUGCUUGAGAGAGUGAAGAAUGCAUCUGCCCAGCCUUCAAGCCAAGCAAACCAAGAAGUAUAUGCAGACGUUGGCAAUCCUUUUUCAUCCGAACAAAAAUAAUAGUAUUUUCCUCAAUUUCAACGCUGUUUCGGUAUUCUCAUUGAUGAAAAUCUUCACGGGCUUCUUUAACGACAUCGAUGCCAAUUCGUCGAUCUGAUCAGUCAUUGUAG